CCGGUAUAAAGAGCCGUCCGCCGCGGCGCUGCGGCCACUCUGCUCGCUCGCUACAUGGAGGAAUCACGGACAGCGUACGCGGAGGAGACGCCGGAGAGAAACAAACCGGAUUCAGGAUGGUCUAUAGCGCCGCUCUGCCUUUGGGGAACGCAGUGCCCGUUCUGUCAGAAGAAGUCAUGAUCGGGAAAUAUUUCCCCCAGCUCGCCUCCCCUGGCCAAAGGUUAAACCCGAGCCGGCGGGGGAGCGUCGAGAGCUGCGACGAGCGAGACACCACCACCGUUCCUAACCUGGAAGACGGCCUUGAGGACGAGCUGCGUCUUGUCCACCACGACGUGACCCGGCAGAUGGAGCGCUGCUUGACUGAGGCCAAAGCCUCCGUCCUCAACUGUCAGGUUCUGCUUCUACCUCGUCACAUGAUCCCCAGAGUGACCAACGACGUGCUGCGGAGCUCCGUCGACGAGCCCUGCGGGCUCCGGGGGGCCUCCAUCCAGCUCUACGUGGAAGGCAAAGACGGCCUGAAGUCGGCGGGGAGCAUCUUCCCGGAUCCCUCUGUCACCCCAACCUUCGAGCUGUCAGUGGUCUUCAGAUUGGACAAAGGCGACGGCUGGCCGCCGCUCAGGCACUUCUUUGACUCCAAGGUGCUGAAGCUGAGGCCGGAGUACAGACUGGUGAAGAGGAAGCUGUACUCGUCUGCCAGUCCUGUAGUUCAUGACUUCAGCUAGUGUAGGCGGGACGCUACACGUCUGACCUCUGUCAUCCACUGGAGUUUCUGUUCUGAACCCUUUUUGUACUUAGUCUCUGACUUUGAGCAGGUCCUCAAACAUUUUCAAAGGCUGCAAAACUUGUUCCAGUAUUGAGCAGGUCUCCUUAAAGAAGCACUUUGUUUUUUUAAUUUAUUGAAAUGUUGAAAUAAAAGUGACGUCUUCAUAA